AUGCAAGGGUCGAGUGUGUUCCAAUUGUCAAGGAAGCAUCACACCUCUUGCUGUUUCAAAACGGGAUAUCCAACAAAGACGAACAUAUCACAGCCGGCAAAUUCUUCAACAGCUCUCACACCCUCAUCAAAAAACAAAGGGAAACCAAGGCCGAAAACGCAACCUGCAUCAGCAAUUAACAAUCAGGAGGAACAUGAUCAAGGAGCUACAGUGCUUCAUAAUAAAGAAACAGUGAAACCAGUCGCAGAGCUACAACCGCGUGAUGGGAACCCUGAAACAUUCCUACCAGUAGGAAAACUUACAGCGGUGGACCCCGUCACACGAAAACUGAAGGAGAUCGCGGUUCUUCUAGAAUCCGGAGCGGAAUUCUCGUUCAUCGAUAGUGACUGGCACAGCAGCUACACCUACCCUUAUUAG